ACCCUCGGAAGAAAGCCCUCGUAAUCGUGAGGCUUGACUCGUGCCAGCGGGCCUUGACUGUCACUUUGGCUUUCUUCCGGCGGGCAGAAUGGACUCUCUUCGGUCCCGCAACAACGGUGAGGUGCACACAGAUUGCAGUCUCUAGUGAUCUCGUCACGAGGGUGAGUGGAGCGGGUGGACUCCACGUCGGCGGUCUCAGAGCUGUCGGCAUAGAGACAAGCAAGCUUCUAGGAGAAGAUGUGUAGCAGUACAGCCGCUAUCUCAGUGUGGCCGAAGCGAAUGCGUACGGGGCUGAGCAAGCGGGCAAAGUGUCCGAGGGCAUAUUUGCCGAUCUGGACUCUGAGGUCGCCAGCUGUACGCUCAAUUCCAAGCUUCUUGCAUCCCCGACAGUCCAAGAGUCCAAGAGGUGUGGGCCUCUCGAGCCCAGGAAUUCCUUGGAACACUAAAGCACCGGUCUGUCUCACCGUGCUCCUCUGCUCUGUCAGCCUCACGCACCUCGAGGGCCACACGACCUUCGACAUCAACAUCCUGCCUUCGCCCUCGCCUUGGAGCUUUGGUUCACCCUGCCAUUCAUGGCAGCAAUGUGCGCUUGCACUGGCCGUUCCUCGCUUUGUCCCAAUCUUGUCUCCCCCGCUGUUUCCGUACUGUACUUCUACCUCCCAAUACAAACCAGGACUCGCGCACACAAAUGCUCAGCGACUGGCGAGUGUCAGGGCCCGAAGAUCACUACGCGCACCUUGUGAGCCAGGACCUUAUGUUUGGGCAGUGUGUGCGAGUGGGUACAGAGCAGGGUGUACAGUAAUUGUGACAGAGCGGUGAGGGAGCGCUGCG